UCUCGCAUUCCCAGAGGACCCCCUUUAAAAAGCACUCAGGGAACAGCUUCUUCAUCGCAGAAAGGGAUUCGGUGUGCUGCGGACCAGCGCAGUUCCAUUCCUGUUGCUGUCCACAGACUCGGUGGAGAGCAGUUGAGUCCUCUCGCUAACGACAAGCAGUCCGAGCCCUCUUCCAGUGGAAUACGUGUGGUUGAUAAGCCUAGAGGGCCUCGCCCCCAUCCAUCAAUUGAGCAGUCUGACCUCACUGGGCCCGAGUUAGGUCAGGAGACAGACGAGACAUCUCAGCAAGCCCCUCCAUCUCCAUUGUCAUCCAACAGUAGCUGGGAUUUUGGGAACGAGGAUGAGACUGAGAAGCCACCAACGGUGUUUACAGGUGAAUUUCGCACUCGUGUCCUCAAAGUCCCUGGCCACAAGAGCUCAGGCCCAACUCUUCGAAUUGCUUCUUCAGCCGAAAAUGUCAUCAUGGGAUCAGCAAAUAAUGGCCAAGAUUACGUUGUUACUCAGAGAUCAAAUCCUGCGAAGGUCAAAUACCUCGACAAGAUUAUCCCAACCACCCCUACAGAGACGAGCAGUGCAAAAGGUACUCGUUCGGCUUUGAAAAAAACACCUGAGUCAACUACCAGCGGUGGCAGUAGUCACGAGGGCACACCAGUGGCUAGAAACUUUUGUCGCCCACAGAUUUCGCUUGAGAUGAUAAUACCAAAGAGACACCCAAGUCGUGAAAUGUCAAUUUCUCGAAAGCCUAUCACAAGGGACGGACUUGGAAGCCUCUUGUCGUUAAGUCCAGGGAGUCUGCGCCCCGAAAAUGAGCCUGCUGUUCCCAAGAUCCCAGAAAGAUUUAGCUCUAACCAGAAGACUGCAAUAACCCAGCCAGUAUCCAAGGCAAUGAGUCCAGUGACCCCGGCAAAGAGCGCGUCGCAGCCAAACGACUCGCCUAUCGAACUCUCAGGAUUUGAGACUCCGAUGCCCAGGACUGUACUGAAAGUGGCGGAGAUUCUUCCUCAUCCACCUCGGACCUCUUCUCUCCAGACUUUGUCGAACUUCUCCGUCGACGCAAAAGCGCCGCAGCCUGUUGCAACGGAAACUGAUCCAAACAAGACCACUGCUUCAAGUCUAAGGAGAAAUGUGACAUUCAACGAUAUUGUACCCUGUGGGGCCAGCGAAGAGCAGAACGUCCAGGACAGUGAUAAAGUUCGGCUUCCAGAAUCCAAAAGCAAUCAUAUUCUGGGCAGCUUUCGCAAUAUCUUUAAAUCUCGGAUGAAUGCCCUAGACAAGGGACGCGGUAAAAACCAAGAGAACACCCCGGAGCCUGCAAAGGAAAAUCUUAGCCUACACACUGAUCAAAAUCCCAAAAAGGCUGAGGAGAUUAAUUCUGAUGUUGGGAAGACUCCAAAGGUGCGGCCCAGGUACACUAGGCUCUCUAACGGAGUUGGUUGGGCUAGGGGCCCGCGUAACCCUAAGUCCGCAAAUGAGUCGCCUGCAACCCCGGCUCUUCCUCGUUUGCUUGCACCUCCUCAUAGGACCCUUGAUGAAAACACACCCUCAUUUGCCCGUCCCACCAAGUCAACGCGUAGAAAAGCUGCCUAUGGUUUGAGGGGAAGAACAUCGACCCCGGAUUUUCAUUCACGCAGAGGCCAUGUGCGGACGGCUUCAACCGGGAGUCCUCAACGUCUGAGCCGUGGGCCUAAGUGUAACCCGCUAAUGCUGUCACCCCUCAAGAUAUCCAAUGAACCCCAUCCUGUGACGGUUGGCCAGCCUAGCCCUCUGUCUAACAAGGCAGAGUCCAUACAAACUGACUCCAACUCUAACAACUUGGUUCCCAAAAAUCUCGAUGCAGUCCGCAAUUGUUUGGAAACGCUGUGCCGGAAGGUUGGAGAGGCGACUAUACCAUUUGAGAGAGACAGAUACCUCAGACUUGCCCUGAACUUGCAACAGCAGCUCGGAGACUACCGGAGCAUAGAGAAAACGGUCUUGGAUGCUGAGGCACUGAUCAAAGAGAUGCGGAUGGAGAGAAAUGAUGUGGAAAAUACCCUCAACACUAGUCUUUCCGAGAUUCAGGCCCAGCUUGAGGAAUGA